UCUUUUAUAAGGUCGUUUAAAGCAAUUGCUAAUUAAACGCAUUUAAUUGAUUUCCGAAAAACACAGGGGGGUAGGUCUUUUGACACUUUCCCCCGAUUGCCGCGAGAAUAAAAGAGGGGCGCACGUGGCGUUUUCCUCCUCUUGCUCGAUAGCUUUCCCAGCGUUUCUGCACUUUUGAUAAUUGUUUUAAAGUACUUAAAGCCUCCGAGAGCGGUUCAGCAAAAUCAAAAAAUCAUGCCACCCAUUAGAGCCAGAAAGUCCCAAGCCACUGCCAAGUCCACCAAGGCAAGCAGGCGGACCAAGGGAGCCAGGCGGCAGCAGGACAGAGGGGGGAGGAGAAACCUAACCGCUGUCCACCACGCCGACACCAGGGCAGCCCCUGAGACCGAGGGGAUUGGUACAAGUACCCAGGGCUGGGAGGAAAAUAUUCAAGCCUCCACGGGAAUGGCGGAGGAGCAUGUGCCGCUCGGUACCAACCAUACGGAACACCAUGUAUGGAUUGUUGGAUCUUCAAUUGUUUACUGGGCAUGUAGAUGGGCGGCUACAAAUCUGACUACUAACUUACGCUUGGAAAAUUUAGGCGUUCAGGUAACCUGGAUUGGCAAAAGGGGCAUGAAAUGGGGGGAUCUUAUUGACUCGAUGGAGCAAAAGUUAACAAAAUGUCCCCCUCCCAGCAUGUUGUGGCUCGCUAAGGCUACCCUAGGAGCCAAUACAAGCUUGCUAUGGAGUGCACUAGGAGCUUGUGUGAGGGAUCUGUUCG